AUGCCUUCAGCGCGUGAAUCGUACGGAACGCCUAAACACGUGAUGGCAUCGACAGUGACACCGAUGGUUGAGUACGUGAGCCGCGCGACCAUUGAUGAUGUGAUGGACGAGGAUCUGAAGGAAUCCAAAGGAAAGAUGUCGGCUCGCGAGCCGUGCGUUACGUUUGGACUCAAACGAGGGAUCACUUGCGGUGAUAGUGGCCACAGAAGCAGCCAAUACAACGACCUCUCGCUGGCGAUCACCGAACCGAACGGCGCUCUCAGGUUGAGCCGAAGUGUGCAAAAGUUGGCGCCAUUUAUACGUCUGAUGAGAGCCGUCGAGUGUAUCCACUUCUGCGACUGCCUCGUGAGUCCAAUGGCUUUCAAAUGGAUUGUCACCACCUGUGAGAAUCUUCGGUGUUUGCGGUUCGACAACAUCCAGGGUCUCGUCAAAACCGAAUGGACUAAGUUUGUCAAACCAUUGUCAGCAAAACUCAUACACUUCUCAUACGCGGGAAACACACUAAACGAUUGGAGAAGUUUGGCGGCAAUGGUGUUAUCGUUCGCAUUACUGGAAUCGCUGGCAAUCUCUGAUUGUGUCCAGGAUUUAGUGCCAGUAUUUCGAGGAAUGAGCCAAACGGUGGACAGUCUGACAAUCAGUCGAUGCGAUCGACUCAAUGCUCGGGCAGUCCGGGCACUCAAGCGCUCAAAUGGACCGCAAAUCAGAUUUCUGGCCAUCGAUUUCACAAACGUUACUAAAUGUCUGUCCGUUAUUCAAGCCUUUUAUGACAUAUUAGGCGAUAGUUUGCUGUAUUUUAAGGCCACGAAUAUAGCCGGCGAAGACUUCUCUCAAUUCACUCAUAACUUAACCCAAAAGUCAAUGACAAAUGUCUUCGCGACGACAAUCCAUUGCUGAAAAGGUUUGCCAAUAAUUUGCGAGUCAUUGAGAUGAGAGGUCCGUUGUCUCCCAGUCUGUUGAGUCGAUUGUCCGAUAAAUUGCCCGUUUGUCGGCAACUGCGGCUAAACCGCUGCGAUGUGUACUGCGAUUGCGGACAGGGAUUGAAUGAACUGCUAGACGGCCGCAGCUACUCAUGUGUUGCCUGUUAUAAGAGGGUCCAGAAGUCACUCUUUGACUCUUAUCUCAAAUAUAUUUCUCUGAAUGGCGACGAAUACGAGCGAUGAGACAAUGUAUAUGUU